AUGCCUCAUCAAAUGCGCAUUCUGAUCAUAGCGCCAGAGAGCGUGAAAGAUAAGCUGUUGGAAACACUGACUAAGACAUCUAUUGACAAUGUUGCUGUAGCUUUGACCUGUGAGAUGUAUUGCUGCUUUCAGAAUAUCUACACAUUAAUGUGGAGAAAUAAUAGAGGGAGAGAAUUCAGUGAAAUCAAAGACUCGGAUUUCUUUAACAUUAAUGGCUAUGGCAAAAACUGUCGGAUUUUCCCGAAUAAAAAACUUGCCAUGAAUGGAAGACCAUUGGUGAUCCUCGCAAAAGAAUGGCUUUCACAUUUGUAUAAGAAAGUUGAUCAAUCUUCGGGAAAAUUGCAGUACGCUGGGUUGUACGUGGACAUAAUCGAGACGAUGUCAAAGUUUCUCAACUUUUCUUACACCUUCACCCCCGAACCAGGGGAGGAUGACAAUAUCACGUGGGAAGACUUUGCCAAUCUCGUCGGUGGAUCUCACGUGGAUCUAGGGGCGUCCACUUACAUAAGUAACUCCAUGCUGUAUUACAAUCACACGGUUACCUACCCUUUGUUGUGGAGCAACGUCAGUGGCGUUUACCUCAAUAAGCAGAGUGGUGGAGUCAGGUUCCCCUUGUGGCUUUUCAAGCCUGAGGUUUACAUUGCCUUGCUCUGCGCACUGGUCUUGACAAUGUUCUUGUUUUUACUUCUGGUUCGUCUAUCUCCCAGAGAGCGCAUGGCUGAAAUUCCGAGGGAAAAUGAACCUGGGCAAAGAAAAUUUGGUGGACAAAAGAAAGAUUCUCAAACGAGAUCACGCGGUGCUCUUGUAAGGAGCGUUGGUACACAAACCCCGAAAAACUUUUCCUGCACAUAUUGCAAAGAAAAAUUCGAGAAAAUUUACAACCGAUCUAAAUAUUUAUAUUUUGUUCCUCGGAAUAUGGAUUUUGCAUCCGGUUCUUCUAGAAACUGUACAGUUAACCAAACCUAUGGAAUGUGGACCAAGGUUGAUGGAAACGCUGAAAAAAGAAGAAAUAAAUCUAACCAUUCAUUUUCUAUAAAACAAUUGGAAUGUCUACCAGUCGGAGAUAACAUCUGCUUGCAGAGUAAGUACAGAUUAAUGGAUGACCUCGUGGGGAUCUUCUUUACAUUUGUUGGGUCCAUAUUCAGCCAGGACAGCGUUCCAUGUCCCAAUCAUCUUUCGCCACGCUUGCUGCUGUGGUCUUGGUGCCUUAUGGUGCUCGUCCUGACGGCAACCUUCACGGGAAACAUAACAGCAGACCUCGUGGGUCACCAAGACAGCGCCCCCUUCACAACGUUUGAGGAACUUUUGAGAAGGGAAGAUUACAAAUGGGGUCUUUUCGGAGAGUCGUCAUUCUUUAAUGUCAUGAAGAACGCGAAAGAUGGCACAACGCUGAAAAGACUUUACGAUGGAAUGAUUCACUUUUCUCAAACAGACCCGACUGUCGUGGGAACGUUUGAACAACAGAUCACCAAAUUGAAAACGGAAAAGUUCGUCACGUUUUUCUUCAGUGGCGACUUGGAAUAUUUAAAAGAACGCAGUGAAGAUAUGUCCAGUCUCGUAAUUAUUACAGACCAUUUGAUGACCAUCAACAUGGGAUUUGUUUGUCCGAAGACUUCAAAACUCUCGGAGCUCAUUUCAGAGGAGCUGCUGCGCAUGACGGAAUCUGGAGUCUUGGGUCAUCUAUUGCGUAAGAAAAGCAGUUCAACUAAUAAAGACAGAGGUGUCGCCGAGGGAAGGCAGGAGGGCUCACGCCUGGAUGUCAAGUACCUCAAGGGCUUGUUUUAUUGUUGCGGCUGCGGUGUGCUCUUGGCAUUUUUUAUUUUAAUUUUAGAA